UCUGAACAUCAUCAUAAACAUCCGGCUCAUUCUCCUCCUCCUUCUACCCCAAACUUCCACGCCUUGAUCAUAUACCCUAUUACAAGGUGUCAACAUGACCAAAAAUCAUCCCAGCCUUCGUAAGACCGUCUCGAACGCGGAUCUCUACUCCGAUCCCUCGCCGCCAGCACGUCAUGUCAAUCUAUCUCGCGCCUUUACUACCUCGCAGCGCUCGAGAGUGAACCCAUUCCUCCACAGUCGUCCCGCUACACAGUCAUCCUCAUCUCGCCAUAGCAUUGCAGCGCCGUUCAGCAACCUCAUCGAUUUCGACGAUGACUUUGGCUCUCCCAUGGAGCCCCAGACUUACCAGACACCGCCACCCGUACCCCCGAAGGUGAAGAUGGAGUCGAGCACUCUUCCCGAGAUUCCAGAAUUCGGGCAGCGGAUAGAAGAGAAAAAGGAGCGCAAGCCCGAGGACUAUACCAAGCCUUAUACGGACUUCAUGACGGCCAACCCGACUGUAUUCCACGCCGUUGAUGCUGUCGCUCAGGAUCUAGCGAAGAACGGGUACAAGAAGCUCGACGAGCGUGAUGAAUGGAAAUUAGAGCAGGGCGGGAAAUACUUUGUCGAACGUAACGGAUCUUCCGUAAUUGCAUUUGCAGUUGGCGAGGGCUACGUUGCUGGCAACGGCGCCGCGAUAAUUGCUGGUCAUAUCGAUGCGCUCACCGCUAGGCUUAAGCCUAUUCCCAAGCUACGAACGAAGGCAGGAUUCGUACAAUUGGGCGUCGCACCGUACUCCGGAGGCCUCAAUAACACGUGGUGGGACCGAGACUUGGGUGUUGGUGGCAGGGUCCUGGUUAAAGAGGGCAACAAGGUUGUUACGAAAUUGGUUAAGCUGGACUGGCCAAUUGCGAGGAUUCCUACUAUUGCACCACAUUUCGGAGCUGUUGCAAAUGGCCCAUUCAAUAAAGAGACGGAAAUGGUUCCAAUCAUUGGUCUGGACAACAGCGAUAUCACAGGACAGGCAAAGCCCGAAGACGAGAACUGGAAGCCUAGUCUCCUUGGUGGACCGGGAGCGUUCGCAGCAACGCAACCAGAAAGACUUGUCAAGGCCAUCAGCAAGGAGCUCAGUAUCACUGAUUACUCCAGCAUUGUCAACUGGGAACUGGAGUUAUUCGACUUCCAGCCAGCCACCACCGGCGGUCUAGACAGGGAGUUCAUUUUCGCAGGUCGCAUCGACGACAAGCUCUGCUCCUGGGCCGCCAUCGAAGCCCUCCUCAACACCAGCACCGCUGGGUCUUCUCAAAUCAAAGUCGUCGCCCUCUUCGACGACGAAGAGGUUGGCUCCCUCCUCCGCCAAGGUGCCCGCGGCAACUUCCUCCCCUCAGUCAUCGAACGCAUAGUCGAUGGCUUCUCCGACAAGAACAUCCGCAGCCUCGUUAGCCGAACCUACGCAAACUCCUUCCUCGUUUCCUCGGACGUCUGCCACGCCGUGAACCCCAACUUCCUCGGCCAGUACCUCGAGAACCACGCCCCGAGACUGAACGUCGGACCCGCCAUCACAUUCGACUCGAGCGCGCACAUGACCACCGACUCCGUCUCCGCCUCCAUUCUCACCCAGUGCGUCGACGGCAACAAGGGCGGCGCCAAGCUCCAGGCUUUCCAGAUCAGAAACGACAGCAGGUCUGGCGGCACCGUUGGCCCCAUGCUGUCUGCCGCCACCGGCAUCCGCGCCAUCGACGCCGGCAUCCCUCAGUUGAGCAUGCAUUCUAUCAGAGCCACGACCGGCUCUUUGGACCCCGGGUUGGGCGUCUUCACAUUCCAGGCGUUUUUGGACAACUUUGAGCGCGUGGACGCUUUGUACAAGUAGAGCCUGACUCUUAAGUAUAUGUCAGCCUGUGUAACUUAGUUAAAGGUUAUUCGAUAUGUAGCGUUUCCGUAGCAACAUUUUGUUUCCAUUCAUGUCAGGAAGAGAAAUAUAUCAGUAGAUAGAAAUAUCACACAAAUCAAGUGUCCAUCAAGAAAGCAAAAGAGUAUAUGAAAUGAAUUGGUAUGUGUGUCACUGUGGAC